CUCCUCCCAUUUACUUAUUUGAUAGCGUUUGUUGUUUUUCUACAGUCGUAGCACUCAAACUGAACAAGAUAGAACGGUUGGACUCCGUCGAAAGAAGAUGAUCGGAACUUCACGACUCGAGUAUCUCUGGGUGGUGACUUGGGUCGUUAUCUUACACUCAAUUGGUCCACUCUCCGCCAUCUAUUGUCUCACAUCCAACUUCUUACCAGAACGGUUACGAGUCUGGAAAUACCUGGAAUACUGGGUGUUGGUAGAAACGCUGUUUUUCUUUCUCACCUACGGCUACCGUAAAUAUCAGCUGCAGCAUCCCGCGUUACAUCCAGAGCCUCUGGAGAAAGAGGAAAGACUUCGGCUCUUCCGCCGUUGUAUUAUAGGCUCUCCAGAUCUCGCAACAUUCUUUUCAAGAUGGUUCUUAGGCACACCUAUUAUUGCUAUCAAGAGAGAGAACAUCAAAGAGUGGCUUUGUUGGGCAUUCCUAAACACGGCAACAGCCAAACAUACCCACGAUGACGAGUUAGACACAUAUGUUGAGGAGCUGGAGGCGAGACGCGGAAUGAGUUUCGAGCCUGGAAGAGCUGAUGUCAAAAGUAUAAGGCUGACGCUCGAUAAGGUCAACGCGCUUCAUCGAAGUCUGACUUGGUAUCUGUGUAUCUUUGUGGUCGACAUCCUCACGCAUACCUACAUGUAUAGUAACGGGUUUAAUUUUUACCGGGGCUCGAUUGGGAAUUCCGUCAAGAUUGUCCCUCCGCGACCGCAGGUCCUGAUGGCGAACCAUCGAUCGCCAACCCAGGCUCUCAGUUACUGGCACCGUCCCCAUACCUCACGAAAGGAAUUACCGAUAGUCUUUCUUCACGGCAUCGGAGUUGGCCUAUACCCAUAUAUGCAACUCCUGAAAGAAGUAAAUUUGGGCCGCCGGCGUGAGGAUGGUAUGAUCGGGAUACUCGCGAUCGAGAUUUUGCCCAUAUCGUCUCGACUCACCCCCCCGGUACUCCGAAAGGAAGGCAUGUGUCGACAUCUUCAAUGUAUUCUCGAUCAUCAUGGGUUCGACACAUUCAUCCUAGUAUCUCAUUCAUAUGGCUCGGUGAUCAGUACCCACCUACUCAAGACACCUGAGCUGACCAAUCGAAUUUUUUCAGUCAUCCUUGUAGAUCCCAUAUCAAUACUAUUGCAUCAACCAGAUGUGGUAUACAACUUUAUGGUCCGAACACCUAAGUUCGCCAAUGAAUGGUUGCUAUGGUACUUCGGCUCGAAAGACAUGGGCGUGGCUUAUACACUCUCUCGCACCUUCUUCUGGUCGCAGAAUAUCAUAUGGAAGGAGGACCUCCUCGUCCAUCGUGCGACAGUAUUUCUCUCCGGGAAUGACUGCAUUAUCAACGCUCCACAAGUGCAGAGAUACCUACAGGGCGUCGAAGAGCAGGGCCUGGGCAAAGAUAAGGCAGGACAUCCUGAUGAGAGCGUACCGGCGUGUUGUGAGCGCGGCUGCGUGGAAGUGGUUUGGUGCGAUAGUCUUGAUCACGGACAGAUCUUUGCCCUGGCUACCUGGAGAGAGCGAUUGAAGCUUGAAAUCAUAAGAAAGGCACGAUACGCAGUGGACCAUGGCUCUUGCGUACCGGCCUGUGAGGUCUUGUCAGACUACGCUUUGUCGCGUUGAUGGGUAUCGGAUCCGGCAUUGUUUUGCGUUUUUAGCACGAGUUCUUUGGGUACGCGUGUUAACUGGAUCUGGUUUUGUGUGCUGUGAGACUCGGGACAGUGCCUAUCUUUGUAUUUUUUCCUUCUUUCAUAAUAUUACUAAUGAGGAGGAGGUAAAUUUUAUGCUGCACAUUAACAGAUAUAAGAGCCUCAAGAGGGUUUAAGGUUCAGUAAGAAGAGUGGAGUAGGAAUAGAUAUGGCGUAAACAUUUAAUCGGAUAAAUGUCCCGUCUAGUCUGCGCACAUGUCUCUUGGAAUACUUAGUUGAUUAUGAAGGAAGGAUCACUAUCUAAGGUCGUGGUAACGAUCGAACCCAUAAUUUCUUGGCCAGAGCUGUACUGUGCCCAACUGGGCCUACUUGGAGAGAUCAUGGUCCGAUCAUUCCCAUAUAGACCACCUCGUCCUUGCGGUGAAACUGUUCGAGAAAUCCUAGAAAG